AUGGCUACUACCUUGGGUCUAACCAGCGGAAUUCACCAUGUCCUUCCUCAGAAACCAACUUUCGACGUCACUUCUUCCUCUAACGUCUCCGAUGCCGUGGGUGGCAACGACAUGCUUACAUCCGAUGAGGACAAUUCGACACUCGAAUCGCUUACUUACGCAUUCUCAAUUCCUUUCUCGUUUAUACCGGGUCCGGAUCCAGAUCAGAUAAUUUUGGCCACCUCCCAAGCGAGGGAACGAUGGCUGCAUCCGCCCGACUCGCCCCCCAACCUUCCGACAAGCAGGCUUCCUGUGCACCAGAAGAGUAUCAACGAUGUCCGGGAGCUGUGCAAGAGAUUGUCUCCGGGGCUGGUGGCUAGAACAACGGUCUCCGUGACAGAAUUGACUGCUGAGACUGCCUUGAGGAAAAAGCAGACGACCUCUGUGGGACUGUGGAUUGCAGGAGAGCCUGCUGAGGUUCAUAAGACUCGGGGUUUGAUUCUGCAGAGCGUGCCUGUUGCAAUGCGGAAUUCUUGUGUCAACAUUGAUCAUGAUCAGUAUUACCUUUCGGACGGUGUGCCAAAUACACGGAUCACUGUUCAUUUGGAGAGGAUUGCUCAGUUUACGGGAACAGACAUAUUUGUCCUGAAGCCUCCGGAACCGACCUCGAUCGUCGCGGUAGACCAGGGCUCUGAGGCCAGCCAAAAUAGGAGGCUGAAGAUUAGUAUUUUCGGGGACUAUGAGAGUGUUGAGCAUGCCAAGACUAGGGUUCUGAUCAUGAUUGAUGAUUUGCUUGGACAAGAAGUCAUCCCUACGUUCAUGGAGCUGUCCGUUCAGAGCAUGAUUUGCGGCCGCGGACGCAAAAAUGUCAAAUUGAUCGAAUCUGCCACAAGAACCGCCAUCUACUUCCCCCCUCCGUUCCCCCAAGUAUAUGGGUAUUCACCCCCGGGCGGCACCCGGCGCGAUCCCGACCAGAUAUUCAUCACCGGCAGUUCCCGUGAGGAUAUUGCUAAGGCGGAGAGAAUGCUUCUCAACCUGACUUUGGGCAUGAGAAUAUUCGUCAAGGACGUUUCUAUAACACUUACCAAGAUUGAUUAUAUCCUUCUUCAGAGAUUAGACGAUGUGAAGAAAAUCAUGGAUGCAAAUGGGACGUUUGUCCAACUUCCCGUUCUGGGGUCUCCGGCUAGUUUGAUUCGCGUACAAGGCAGUGAAACUCUUCACCUGGAACGCACAAUCAAAGCGAUAAUGGUUAUCUGCGGACAGUUUUAUAAUGCCUCUUGGUGGGUUAUGGAUUCGCCGAUUGCUCGCCUGUUGCCUAAGGCCCUCGAGGUGCAAAAGCUCCUGAUCGAUGUGGCGGCCUUCACGGGUGUUUCAAUCGCGUUCAACAAACAAGUAUUCGAAUUUAGUGGAUCGGAUGAAAAUGUCAAGGCGGCAAUGCACAUGCUGAGUGAUGUUCCUUUUAAUGGAAAGAUCAACAAGAUUAUGAGCCAGUCAAACAUCCAAAUCAUUUUCGACACUUUCAAUGAGUACAAUUUCUUUAUUGACGUUUGUGGUGGAAAGUUUGACACUACCAUGUUGGGUUUAAAGCUGGUUGAACAGGAGCUACCAGCAGCUGUCUCCUUCCAUGUUCCAGACUCUUAUCAUAAGCGGAUUAUUGGGAUCGGUGGGCAGCAUAUCCAGAGGAUAAUGAAAAAGUACUCUGUAUUUGUCAAGUUCUCUAAUGCUAUGGAGAGGGGGGCAAGUGGAAGGUCGGAGUCCGAUGGUACAAAGGUGGACAAUGUCAUCUGCAGAACGCCGGCUAGGAAUGCGGCCAAUCUUGAGCUGGUUAAGUCGGAAAUUAUGGGCAUGGUGCAGCGCGCGGAUGCAGAUAUCGUGCAAGAGCAUGUUGACAUUCCGAGGCUGCUGCAUCAAAUGGCAAGCGAUAUCGUGACCAUCAAGGGGCCUCAAUGGCAAGUUCCUCAUGCGGUUCAUGAGUUCUUGGCUCUUGUUCCGGAAACACAUAUAAUCCGCUUAAAAAAUUCCCCGGAGCUUGAAGAACUUUUGAAGCAAGAUGAGUUCAAAAAGAACAUCACCGAUCGAAUGAACACACAAUUCGGGAUUAGGCUUCACCCAACGGUCGACAAUGCUACCGAGUCGCCUGGCGGUAGGAGGUCCGGCGAUGGAGAGGAUUAUAUGGAAAUCACUUUCACUUACACCCGCAACAAUGCUGGAGCCCUCCGAGAUGCUAUCGAAAUGUUGACAAACUUUCUUCUUUCCCACGGAAUCCAAACAGACUCGAUUAAGGGUGCUCUCCCUCGACCAAAGUCCGACUCAUUUGAAGAUUUUGUGCCAUUUUUCCAUUCAGCCGUGUUUCAAAAACCAUCACAAUCCAGGGUCGGGAGCUCCAACGGGUCGAUAAGAAGGCUUUCUGGAGACGCGGGAUCAAUAUUCGGCGAUCAAGUUUUGCAUACCGAACCGGCUCAAUUCACCGAUACCACCGAAGCCGCAUUUUACGACGGGGAUAGGAAAGCCUCGUUAUCGGAUGCAGGGCUUGUGAGGCCACCAGGGAGUUCUGGUUCCAUAAGCUCUACAAGGACCAGCUUCAGUCUCGGGAGGAAGGGCUCUACUGUUUGGGAGGGGGGGUUAGAGGCCACCGGGCUACCUGAUGGGGAGGAAUGGACAAAACUGGAGAGUGACAGGUCCAGGUCCAAUUCGGUGACAAUGUAGCGUCGGUCGGGAUUUAUGACCGCUUUUUUUAUUUUUUAUUUUUCGGUGUUGGUGGCUUACGCAUCUUCCCCUUUGAACAAUUUUUAUGAUACCUGUCUUCCUUUCCUUUGAUAUAUCCCCCCUUCUACUUCUCCAAAUAGCCUCUCAUUUUCGAAGACCUUAUACCUUUGAUGAUCCGACAUUUACCGUCCUACGAAUAUUAGUCUCCCUUCUAGCACCUCAUCGGCAUUUACAUUGUUGGAGUUUUAGCAGAUUGUUUUAUCCCCACUUUCUGCCUUUUAGGAUUCGCAUUCUACAUUCCUGCUACCUCUCACGAUCGCUCUUCCUGAGCUUCCGCCAUCCUCCUGGCAAGUCACCUUACUUCAUUGUCAAUAUUGAGAAUUCCUUCUUCCCUUCGCUGUAUCUUCUUUUUUUACAUUAUUUUACUCCUCCCCUCCCUCCCCCUAUACCAAACCCUUGAGAAUGAGGCGGGGGAUUGUGACGCGCUUCUUUCCUUCCUUCUUUCCUUUUGUCUAUUUUUUCUGGUGGGCGUUUUUAUCUGCUCUUUUAACAAAAAACGGAUCGGAGCACAAAAGAAUGGGGUAUGGACGGGAAAGGUGUGGAGCAUGUUUAUACGGUGAAAACCUCAUUUUUGUCAGUUGUUUUCCCUUUUCCAACUCUAUUUUUUGUAUUCGCCAUUGGCGGUUAUUCAUUAUUUUUAUGGGGG